UCUCUUGCCUUCACUCAUUUUGAUACUAGGAUAUCCCAUACGUUUCACCGAGUGAUGCCAUAUCCAUAUUCCAUGUCUUUACCGAAGCCUACAGCUAAAAAUUGCGAUUUUGUGUGUGUGUUGGGCUGAAAAUGGCGCCCGUCGGGUUCUGUUAAAACUAGUAGGGACCAUCGACGUGUGUGUGUGUAUGUGUCUCUCGUCUCGGUGUGUAUGGUGGUGUGUGUGUUGUUGGGAAUUUUUACGCCAGUCUUCUUGCUGUAAAAUUCUCGUCCCGUGCCAAGGUCAUUCCAUCGGUGCGAUGAGGGAGCGAGGCGAGCCAGACCCUUGGCCAACCAGUCAGGCCGUCUGGCAAGACUGGCUAAUUGAGGCUAUUGGCAAAAUAAAAGGCCAAAAACAGCGGCCUUCCGCUGAAAGAAUCUGCCAUGCUGUCCGACAAACGCACACUAAGAGCACGGGUCCUGUUCUUCGUGACGAAGUGAUUGUUGCCCGACUUAAUCAGGCUGUGGCAGAUGCCAAAAUCCUUAAAGUUUGCAACAAAGGACAGACCUCUUACAAGGAGCCAGGUCAUCAUACAAGGCAAUUGGCACUCAAUAAGAAUACAGAUUUAACCAAGGUGCUGAUCAAAAGUCUUCGUGAAUUGGCCGAAUCUGGCGGGUCCACUUUGCCCACUAUUGAAAAAUAUGUGCGUCAAUCGUUUGCCGGAGCCACCGAUGUCAAUUUGUCUAAGCUGCUCCGUCUGGCUGCCCAUAAAGCCGUCGCAAAAGGUUUGUUAUCGCAAGAUGGUCACUACUACACGGUCACAGCACGCAAAGACGCAGAGACACCGCGUCGGAAACGUCGGUCUUCCUUUGCUUCGUCAACGCCCGUCCCUGCAGGCGGUGACUCAGAUUUUUCGGACGGCGAUUCCGGCCACCCACUGGACGAUGAUGAAGAACCAGACGACUUGCAUAAUCGGACACAUAGUUCGAUGCACUCGACGACGCUCUUCUGUUCUGAGUGUCUCGGUACAAGUGAAAAGAACGGACAGGGCGAGCACGAAAAUCUCAUUUCGUGUUCCGAAUGCGGAUCCUCAGUCCACCCGUCCUGCUUGAAACGAGCCGGCACAUCGUCUCUCAAAGACGAGGAAGAUUGGCUCUGCUCUGAAUGCAAGAGCUGUAAUAUUUGCGGGGAACGAGCUGAAAUUGAUCCUCUUUUAAUCUGCAACGUCUGCGAGCAGGGAUUUCAUGCCCAUUGUGUAGACCCGCCCGUGGAGAAACGGCCAAAAAUAUGGUCAUGCUCCAAUUGUGCCGCACGAAGGAAGAGCAAGCUGGGUACCAAAUCCGGUGAUGUUUCAAUCAAGAAAGGGCGCAAACGGGUUGAUAGCAGUUCGUCGGAAGAGGCUGUUGAACAUGAAGAAAGUGAGGAAAUCGAGAAGAUUGCACCACCACCAGGUGUCACAGUUCGGGAUGUGGAAUUAUUUAAAAAGGUUCAACAAACAACAGCAGAGGCCCUCAAAGUCAGCUCCAUUGGAAAUAAUGAUUCUAGUCUGGGAGGAGCAGCUCGGUGUCCAGCCUCUAUUCAGUUCGGCAAGUAUGACAUACAAACAUGGUACUCUUCUCCAUACCCUCAAGAGUACGCAAGGUUGUCAAAACUGUUCUUGUGUGAGUUUUGUCUCAAGUACAUGAAGAGUCGUUCCAUUUUGGAUCGGCACAUGACCAAGUGCCUGUGGCGGCACCCCCCUGCCACUGAAAUCUACCGAAAAGAUAACCUGUCCGUCUUUGAGGUGGAUGGCAACGUCAACAAGAUCUAUUGCCAAAAUCUCUGCCUUUUGGCAAAGCUCUUUCUCGAUCACAAGACGCUUUACUAUGACGUCGAGCCUUUCCUCUUUUACGUCUUGACGGUGAAUGAUCGCAAAGGUUGCCACCUGAUCGGCUACUUUUCCAAGGAGAAGCUUUGUCAACAAAAGUAUAACGUCUCGUGCAUCAUGACAAUGCCACAAUACCAACGUCAAGGAUACGGACGAUUUCUGAUCCAUUUCAGCUACUUGUUGUCUAAACAAGAAGGGCAACCUGGCACACCUGAAAAACCUUUAUCUGACUUGGGCAAAGUGAGCUAUCAUGCAUAUUGGAAGUCUGUUUGUCUGGAUUAUCUCCACGCGAGAAGAACGGAUGGAUCUCUCUGUUUGCAGAAAAUGAGUCAGGAUACAGGAUUGACUCCGUUAGACAUAGCGGAAACUUUGCAACGCAUGGAAAUGCUGAGGAAGAAACCCGACGGAAAGGUUGUUCUUUGCAUAGAUUGGGCUAUGGUAAAAGCACAUGCCGAUCGCGUUGCUUCCCAGAAAUCCCGUCUUGAAUUGGAUCCAGAAGCGUUACGUUGGUCACCCUUGGUUGGCAACUCCGUUGUUGGCAGCGAUGAGGAUCAUAGCAUGAUGUCUGACACUGCUGCCGAUACGCCCCAGGAGUUGGAGAACAUGAGUGAAAUGAACGACGAUUCAGUUUCAACUGUCAAGAAACGCGGCCGUAAACCAGGGAAGAAACCCGUGAAGAAGAAGCAAAUUGAGAGAAAAACGCAUAAAGUUGAACCGCGGUUGAGGGCUCGGCCGCAACAACAGCAGCAUGACGAGUCUUUACCAGUCGAAGUGGACAAGAAAAUAGAACCUGCUACUAAUCGUCGCAAAGUGCUCGUCAUUGAAGAAGACGAGGUUAGCAGUAACGAUUGGCUGCGGCCCAGGAAACGUCGUCAUGUUGAAACUGCCGAACCUGUUACUAUUAAACAAGAACCGGCUGCCAAAACAAGUAGGGCCAGCACAUCGAAAGCGGAAGAACAGAGGCCAGAGGCGGUUAAGGUAGUGGCAGCAUCUUCGCCGGUACCGGUUGCAUCUCCCCAACUGACAACGACCGUCAAACCCAAGCAACGAGGAAGGCCGAGGAAGUACGCCAGACCUGUCGAAAACAGUCCUCAAGUAUCUAGCGAGAAAGUGGAAGUCACGCGUGAAGAAGAAUCGCAGUCUGUAUCUAAAAUUCCAUGUCAGUCAGAACAGGAUCGUGCAGUCAGUCCUAUGCCACAAUCUGAUGAAGCUGAAGAGCAAAAAGAGAUUGUGUCUGCGACAGCAAACCAGUUGAGCGAGCCGGAAGGAAGCCAAAAAUCAGUCGAAUCUCCUGUUCCUUUGUUGGCUGACGAAGAGAUGCCAGAUGCAGCCAAUUCUUCGCCUUCCCCCUCUGCUGUCGAAAUGGACAAUUCUCGUAUCACGCCUGCGCCCGAGAAAGAAGCCGAAAGUGCAAUUGAGUCUUCCCCUUCUCCAUCGCCUUCUUCUUCUGCUGCUGAUGAUCAAGCCGUUAGCACGGCGCAAGAAGCUAAUCCAAUCAACGAGAAAAUAGAAACAAAUCAGCCAUCUCCUCCGAUCAAAGAUGUUGCUGAACCAAUGGAAGUGGAAACCAUUUCUCCGAAGCCAUCACCCGUGGCUGAUCUUCCCACUCCAAAGGCAGAGUCACCAAAAGAGGCUUCGCAAGAAAAGCAGGAAGAUGAAUGUGAGGUGAAAGAAGAGUCGGAAUCAGAGUUCGAAAAAGUUGCUGAAAAGAAAUCUGAAGUAGAACCAGAGAGGGAACCAGAGAGGCAGUUGGUGAAAGAAGACGGGCCGGAGGAGGAAACGGUCAGAGAGCCUGAACGGACAGAAGCCGAGGAAGUAAAAGCAACGAUAUUGACACCCGUCGUUGCACCUCAGCCACCACUGGAGAAACGGGAAGAAAUCUUGGAGCAACGUUCGCCGGCCAAUUAUCUUGUUGGGCCAGUCAACGCUCCAACGACUCCAAGCUCCUGUCAGCAGGUUCCUCCCGUUACUGUCUCGGUCCCGCUGAUAAGCGGCCGCAAUGGGUCAUCGUGUGCGCUGAUCAGUUCGCCGAGCCUUGGAGUCUACACGCCAGAAUCGAGCACUGGAUCUGUCCAAUCGAUUCAUGGCAUGACAGGCAGCGAAGAAGUCAUUUCGGCUAGUUGCGUCGAAUCGCCUCGUUCUUUGCCAAGUCAAGAACCGCCACCUACUCCGACUCCGCAUGUUUCUCAAUACAGCAAUGAUUGUAGCCAACAACAAUCUCAACAACAGCAACAACAUCUUCAGCAGCCGAUGGUUUCUCCGCAGUUGCUUCAUCAACAACAAGCCAUGUCGCAACAGUUCCAUCAAUCCCAGCAUCAUUUGCACGGCCAACUUUUGCAACAGCAACAUCAACAAUUGCAGCAACAACACCAGCAGCAGCAACAACAACAGCAGCAGCAGCAGCAACAACAACAGCAACAACAGCAGCAGCAGCAGCAGCAGCAGCAACAGCAACAACAGCAGCAACAGCAACAACAGCAGCAACAGCAACAACAGCAGCAACAGCAGCGCUCUCAUCAUCGGAGCCGGUCCCAUCCACAUCAGCAUAUGUCCUCUCCUCAGCAACUGCAACCCCAACAAACUAAGCAACAACAACAACAUAUGGCUAUGCAUCAUGCUCCGUCACCUCAGCCACAACAUCAUCACCAACAACAACACCAGCAACAACAGCAGCAGCAUUUGAUCCAUCAUCAGCAGCACCACCACCAACAACAGCAGCAGCAGCAGCAACAACAACAGCAGCAACAGCAACAGCAGCAACAUGCCAUGUUUCAGUCAGGAUUUUCGGCCAUGGGGCCAGGUAGUUAUGGAUUUCCCAGUCAUCUACAUGCUUCAGCCGGGUACAUUUCGGCCAUGCAUUCACCUCACGCCCCUAUGGCUAUGGGCUAUAGCGCGAAUCCAGGCGUUGUGCCACCUACGGCAACACCUUCUCCAGCUCCGUCUCCGGCAGCCAGCUCUUUUAUGCCUGUGCCACCGGUUCCUGCAAUGCCGUCAGUGAUACAGCAGUCGGGAAAACAACGUCGAUCCAGCUCAACUCAUCGGUACACUCCCAUUGCUCCGGCGCCACCUUCUCAUACCAGCAAUAGUACGAUCAUUUCGCCGUCGGUUACGACGCCAUCUGCAGGAUAUUACAACCAACAUCCAGCUGCUGCUCAACCCCAGAUUCCCGUUGCUCGGCCGGCUUCACAGUACUUACCUCCUGCGCAAUCUCCCAGUCAUCCGACACCGCCAACGUCGACGUCGUCCACUACUGCGACUGCGCCCUCAUGUAGCCUGGCUAAGCUUCAGCAAUUGACUAAUGGAUUAGCUGAUUCGGCCUCGCCCCAUCACACCAUGACACCUCCGCCAAAUCAAACUCCACCUCCACCGCCUCCGUCACAUCUACAUGGGUUGAGUCAUGCUCGUGAUCCAUACGGCUAUGGGGUAGUACCGACUCCGCCGCCAUCGGCCAUACCCUCCCAACAGAGCUAUGCCAAAUACUACCAAGGGUCUGUUCCAUCGCCUAUUCCGGUCAGUUCAAGUCCAGUGGCCGGACUUAACGCGCCAUCCAGUGUCGUCCAUUCCAAUAACAGCGAACUAACGUCUACGCAUGCCGGUGGCAGCCACAAUGUAAAUGCUGCUGGCCAAUCAGGGCGCGCGUCAUCUUCCACCGCUGCAGCGCCACCGCCAUCAUCAUCUGUCGGGCGGAAUAGCAACAGCAGCAAUUCUCAACAGCGGCAGGCCCCGGAUGCUGCGACGCAACAACGCCAAGCGCAACAGCUCAUGCAGCAGAGCUAUGCCGCCAUGAAUCAAUUGAACGGUUACAGAAUGAGUAUGGCUGGCAUGGCUGGGAUGCCCGGCAUGCCCGGUAUGCCCGGAAUGGGUAUGCCUAGCAUGAGCAUGAUGGCGGCCCAGCAUCAAGCGCUCAAUUCCGCCUCCUACAUCGCCGCAGCCAAUCCAGGAUUCAUGAAUCAAAGUCAACUGCCCAUGCAAAUGGGGGUGAUGAACAUGCAUGCUCACGCGGCCGCGGCCCACGCUGUCCAACAUCCACAUGCUGCUUCUCACAGCCACUCUGCCGCGGCCCAAGCGGCCCAGUACCAACAGGUUGAUCAGCGUACUGGCACUCCGGCUGGCAUGUAUUCAGCACCGUACGCCUACGGCAUCCCGCAGCUUCCCCAACUCAACGGCACUAUGAGGAGGUAAACCUAUUGUAUUUCGUACGCGUUACUUCUUCUAAAUACGCCGGAUCCAGUGGCGCUUAAAUCUUUCCUUGACGUUAAAAUUCAUUGGUUCACACCAUAUCUAAUUUAUCAUUUUUAAAAAAGGACUUGUUUUGAUAAGUGAUUGCGUCCGUCCCCAUUGCUUAACACACAUUAAAUUCCUGGUUCGUUGUUCAAAAAAAAAAAAAAGAAAAAAAAAGAAAAACAAAGAAGUUUGCAUCGUACGUCUCAUUCGGUGCUGUGAAAACUACGUUAUUGUCAAGUAAUGUGAUUUUUCCCCCAAACAGAAAGAAAGAAAAGAUAACUAUUGUUGUCCGCGUUGCUUGUUUGAUUUAACAAUACCCGAUAAAAUGCCUGCUGCAUUUCUUUGUAAUUUGUUCUUACCCAAGAAUUUCGUCGCGUACGCUCCGGCUGCCUUACUUUUCUUCAAAGACACUGUUCUCUCUCUCACCGAAACCCUUCAUCAUUAGUGAGUGUGCUCUGUAGCACUGGAUUGUAUAUAAAUACAAUUUGUAAAUUUA